CACCGGCCCCGACCUUGAAAGACAUAAUAUAAAACCCCGACACCUUGUGUGCUCAUCCAAGGCUGGGACAGAGAGGUACUAAGCAUCCGAUCACAUCUCCUCUUCCGUACCUACCUGUACUUUACCCGUACCCAGCCAGCCUCGUGGAAGACCUUCACAGCAACAUAUUCUACAACCUUAGAAAAGAAGACAUUUGUCACAUUUCUGUCAAGCCGCCUCCACCCUCCCACCCUCCAUGUCGUCUCCAGUCCUUCUGAUCCUCGGCGCCGGCCCCAACAUCGGCAAACACGUGGCCAACGCCUUCACGUCGAAGGGGUACAAAGUCGCCCUGGCCUCGCGCAAGAACCACGGCACAGAAGAACACAACAACAACAACAACAACAACAACAACAACAACAACAACAACAACAACAACAACAACAACAACAACAACAACAACAACAACUUGAACCAGAUCCACGUCCCCGUCGACCUGACCAAGCCCGAGACGGUCCCUGGCGCGUUCGACACCGUCAAGGCGCAGCUCGGAGCACCGCCGAGCGUGGUCGUGUACAAUGGCGCCCUCCGCAUCCCCAACGACGCGAAGGACCCGCUGACCUCCUUCUCGCUUCCCGACCACGACGACAGCAUGUCCGUGAACAGCACGUCUGUCCUGCUCGCGUUGCAACAAGCCAUCGCCGGCUUCCGCGGCCUCCCCGCCACAGCAAGCAAGACAUUCAUCUUCACGGGCAACAUUCUCAAUCUCGUCCCCGUCCCCGGCAUGCUCUCGUUCGGCAUGACCAAGGGGGCCACGGCAUACGCGAUUCGGUAUUUGGUUGAAACCAAGACUUAUGAGGGCGAAGGUGUCACAUUCUACUAUGCCGACGAACGCACUUCAUCUGGUUCACCCGUUUUCAUGGACAUUGAUGGUCCGGCAGCUGCGACUGCGUAUCUCAAGCUUGCUGAGCAAAAGGAGCAAGGGCCUUGGUUGUACACAUUUGUCAAGGGUGAGGGCUAUAAGGACUUUGGGGACAAGCCGUGGGCUCCUGCAGCUAAGUGAUGUAACUGAAAAACAAAGACGGGCGUGCUUAACUUGCCGAAGCCCCGACUUCUUCAAUGAGGCUCGUGAUGUUCACAUGGAGGAAGUGUUUGCUCUGUAGGUCUGCCGCAAUUGCAAGAUCAAUAAUAGAACACCCUGAUGGACAUAUUUUUCCACCUGUCAAAGCUCAUCGCAGAUCGAGUGCAAGAUUUUAGAGAAUGAACAAGAAACGGAAAAA